CCAUCGGCGGCCCCUCCAACGUUGAAACUUGAAGCUUCAAGCUCUUGACCACGGCCUCCGUUGAACUUCGAUCUAUUACAUCGCAACCGACACCGUUGACGAAAUCUUUACCAACACUUGUGCAUCCUUGUAUAGCAGCGGACGAAAUGUCUGCCGACACCACACCUAUAUCGUCGGCGCGCUUCGCUGCUGCCCUGACAGAUCUAUCCAUCGAAAUGCUCCAUCUCAAAACUCUCGAAAUCCGCAAUUCGAUCGCUCACCUUCAAUACUCGAACGACCAGCUCCGUCCCUUUGCCGAUGGCACGCAAACAGCUGUCUCGACAUCAGAGGCCUCAGGGCCAUCAGGAGCGGCCUCGAACAAUGAACCAGACCAGGACUGCAUAGACGCGAUCAAAGAAAAUGACACGGUGAUCGACCGUAUGGCUGAGCGAAUAGCUAUCAUCCGCGCAGAGGUCGAAGGCAGGGGCCUCAGCUGGGAUGAAUUUAAAAGUGCCGAGGAGGUUCUGGCCGCCAAGGCCGAGCAAGAGUCCAAGAACACAGCAACACCGACGGUCAACGGUCAUGCAGAGCAUGCUCAGGAACAAGGCAACUCGCCAUGGACAGAUGGGACGUUCCAGACGGGCACAAUCCGGAACGGGGAGAUCACAAUGGACCAGCGACCAGGGCAGCCCGCUGGUGGGAGUAUGAGUGAUGAACAGCUGAGGCAGGCCCUCGAGGAACGAAUGAGAAAUUUGGAAACCGAUGAGGGCGAAGGCGGGAUGCAUCUUUGAUCAAGGCACGAUCACGGCGUUCUGGAGUUAGAAAGGGAUGGUAAGGCUGAUACCAGUAGCAUCAAUAUGGCCGAGUCCACAGGCCUGCAAUAUCGUCAAAAUGAACAUUAACCUACUA